AUGAGGAAACGGAAGCCAGCGAGAUUAUAUAGCAUACCCAAGCUCACACAGAGGGCAGACAGCUUCUGGAUCCACACGUUGUAUGGCAUCCACACAAUGGUGAUCUACGCCCUGAACACCCGCCAGGAUGAGACCGAGGCGGGCAUGGAGGCGCUGCGCGAGGCCCACCAGGAGGAGCUGCAGCAGGCGGUGGCGGAGACCGAGGCCAGGCUCCUGCAGGCGCAGGGCCGCGCGGGCGAGGAGGAGGCCCUGCGGCAGCGCAUCCAGGCCCUGGAGAGCGCCCUGGAGCUGCAGAAGCGGCUGACACAGGAGGCGCUGGCCCAGUCGGCCUCGUGCAGGCUGGAGACCCAGGAGAGGGAGCUGAGGGUGGAGGCCGAGCACGCCGAGCGAGUGCUCACCCUCUCCAAGGAGAUGCUGGAGCUCAAGGCCAGCUAUGAGAAGAGGCUCCGGCACCUGAGUGGCCACGAGGCGCCCCGGUGGGGCCGGCUCGACCAGGAGAGUCCCGAGCCCAAGGCCGAGCCGGGCUGCGGCCCCGAGAUGCGGGAGGUCCUGCUGGAAGUGGAGCGGCUGCGAACGGAGAACCAGCAGCUGAGCAAGGACUAUGCACGGAAGGCCGAGGAGCUGCAGGCCACGUACGAGCGGGAGAACGAGGCGGUCCGGCAGGCGAUGCAGCAGUCGGUGAGCGAGGCCCUGUGGCAGUGGCAGGAGAAGGAGACCGACCUCCGGAAGAACUUCCAGGCCCAGGAGGCAGCCCUCCAGGCCCAGGUCCGGAAGCUGGAAGGGGAUCUGGAGCACAGAGGCCGCAAGAUUAGUGACCUGAAAAAGUACGCCCAAAAGCUGAAGGACCGCAUUCAGGACCUGGAUGUGCAACUCAAGGAGGCUCGACAGGAGAAUUCAGAGUUGAAAAGCACGGCAAAAAAACUUGGGGAGAAGCUGGCCAUUGCCAAAGAUAAGCUGAUGUUGCAGGAGUGUCAUGUGACACAGAAAACCGAUGACAUGAAGACAGAGAGAGUUUCAGAGAAUGAAGUCCUAGGGAAAGAGAAUGAUUUGGAAACCUGCAGUCUCCAUCCUCAGCAGGACCAGAACUUUGCCAAGGAGUGUCCCUGCACAAAAGGAGGCACAGAUACACAGACCAAGAAAGAAGCAUGCAUUGAGACAGAAUUUAUGAAGCAAAAAUAUGAAGAAGACCUUCGCAAAAUCAAACAUCAGACAGAAGAGGAGAAGAAACAUCUCAAAGACCAGCUAAUGAAGCGCCUAGAAGACUUGGUGAAGAAGCACACGGUGGAAAUCAAGUCAGUUCGCUCAUCGGUGGAAGCUGAAAGGAAGAGACUGCAGAAGGAAGUAGAAGCACAAUUGGAAGAAGUGAAGAAGAAAUCAGAAAAUGAAAUAAAGCAGCUGGAAGAAGAGAAAGCGGCCCUAAGUGUGAAGCUCCAGAAUUCACUGCUUGAGGUUUUAAGGCUGGAAGAAUUUAUCCAACAGAAUAAGGCAUGUCCCCCAAGAGGCAAUGAAAGGCCCCAGGAAUUGGACUGCCAGCACUACAACAUUUUAGAGACCCAGGAUCCAUGCUUGAGACCGAAUGAACCUUCUCAGACUCUGCCCAGAGGAGAGAAAUAUCAAGAUAAGUUAGCAGCUGAAGAAGGAACCAGCAGCGAAGAGGAGGAAAGGAUCGAAGUGCCCAUCAAGGAGGGAGGUGACCUGCAGCCUCCAUUGGGCUCUUUGCCAAAGGAGAAGGCACCAGAAAUCCAGCGUCUGCAGGAGGAGUGGCAGAGCCAGAAGGCCAGAUUGCAAGCCCAGGUCUCGCAGAUGCAGCAGGCCUUGGAGCAGUGCGCCACAAGCUACAGGGAGGACCUGCGAGAGCUCAAGCAGCUUUCGGACCACGAGCGGGAGCAGCUGCGGCAUGAGCUCCAGGAGACCGUCCAGCAGAGUCAGGCAGCCAAAGCCCAGCUUGAGGCUGCCCACAAGCGAGCUCUCUGCAUGCUUGAGAAGGCUAAAGACCAGGAAGUCAAGGCCACAGAAGAACGCUUGAAGAAGGAAUCCAGCCACAGCCUCCAGAUCCAGCACCAGACGCACCGGCUAGAGAUGCAGGCCUUGGAGGAAAAGGCCCGGCAAGAGCUCCAAGGGGAGUUAGAGAGGAUGCAGGCUCAGCAGGCACUGCUCUUAGAGUCCCUGAGGCAGGAGCUGGCAGAGCAGCGGGCUGCCUGCUCUGAGCACCAGAAGGACUUGGAGGUUCUGCAGACCGAGCUGAGGGCCCUGGAGAGCAUGGGCAGACGGCAGGCCAUCACCCAGUGUCCAGGGGACAGCGAGGACCGUGCUGGGACUUCAGAGGAGGAGGGCGGCCCGGGCCAGGCGGGCUCCCCCAAAGGCAAGAGCGCAGCGGAGCUGCAGCCCAGCGAGGGAUGCGGCCUCCGGGAGGAGAACUCGCAGCUCAAGGAGGCAGUGAGGCGGCUGCAGGCCGAGGUGGAACAGCACCAGCAGGAGGCGCUGCAGCUCCGCGACCAGCGCAGGCUGCUGGAGGAGGAUCAGCAAGCCCAGCGGGCCCGGGAGGUGGAGAUGCUGCGCCAGGAACACCGGAAGGAGAUGCAGGCCAUGGUGGCUGAUUUCAGCAGUGCUCAAGCCCGGCUCCAGGCCCGGCUGGCUGCCCUGGAAACUGAACUGAAAGAUUCCGGAGAGAAGCCAGGGAAGGGGGCGUCCAGGCCAGAGGACAUUCAGCUCAUAGGCCGUCUGCAGACCCGCUUGAAGGAGAGGGAGGAGAUCAUCAAGCAGCUCACGGAGGAGAGAAGAUUUCACUAUGCAGCGUUCCCCAGCGCAAUGUCCCAUCGGAAUAGAUCCUUCUCUUUCAAUCCUCACCCAGGGUAUUUGACCCCUUCCAUGAAGAAGAAGAAGGUGGAGGAAGUGCCCAGCCGAGUGGUCAGUGUGCCUAACCUCGCUUCCUACGCCAAGAACUUUCUGAGUGGUGACCUGAGCUCCAGGAUCAGUGCCCCUCCGAUAACUAAGUCACCCAGCUUGGACCCAGGUCCCAGCUGUGGCCGGCCCUACAAACCCACCCCAUCUCUAGAUGUGAAAACUGCCACAAGGACACAAGAUGAUGAUACAGCCCAACCCAAAGAAGUCCAACAGAAGCAAGGUUCAGCUCACCAGGAAUGGUUUACCAAAUAUUUUUCUUUCUAAACUGAUCCUUGGGAAAGCAUAAAGAGGAUAUUUGAAAAACAUUUCUUUUGAAACACCUGAUUGAAGGAAUGAACUAAAGAGUCAACCAAUCAAAUAACUUGCUUGCAAUAUGAUUUACAUAUAUAGCUAAAACAAAUUCUUACAUUAACAUUUCAUACUGUUUCAUUGUGAUGUUAAGAUGAAACAAGCCAGUGUUUUCAGAAAGCACCCAUAGGGAAAUAUUAAUGUUACUGAUGACCUAUACAUAUUUCUAGUGUCCAUAAGAUUGCACACCACCUUGUGGAAUAUCAGACUUUGUGCUUUCCACCGUCUACUUUGAAAGUGGUUUCAUUUUUCCUAGGAUGCUGAUCAUCUUUACUUUAAACUGUUUCUAUGUAAAUAAUUUCAAAAUGCACACGUAACCUCAAUAGGAAGGGAAAUAAAGCAAAGCUCAGAAUAACCAGGAAAGUCGUUUUUAAAAACCAAACCAAACUACUAUGAAUGGACUAUAGCAGAAAUUGGCAUAGUUGGAUCAAAUAUUUUGACUUCCUAGGUCCAGGACAUGAAGAUUACAGAGGAUGUAACACCUACCUCAAAGGGGCUUUUUGAGGUUUAAAUAAAAUAUGGGUAAUAAUUCUAAUCAUGAACUGGAAUUAAGCCUUGCCAGGAUUUUUCUGUGAAUAAUGGAGCCUCACCCUGUCAUACAUCUCGACCUCAAUGACUGUAGUAUCAGUUUGAUUGUUUGUGAUGGUUUCUAGACUAUCUGUUCUUUGAAGUCAAAGACCUACUGAACCUCUAGUCUUGCCUCGUGGUGCGUUGCUUCCCCACUGCAUGGAUGCUCAGUAGAUUAAAGGGAAAUGGGAAUGGCUGUUCAGUGCUGACCUUGCUGUCAGUCCAUGAUGAGUUGUCUGAUCCUCUGAUGGAGCACUGCAAUUUAACAAACUCAAUACAGCUUUCGGUGGGAAAAAUAUAUUCUCAAUCCUUUGGUGCUGGCCCAGCAGGUGGCCUAUAAACAGUUGUCUAUUCCAUGCACUGUCAAAUCUUUGCUCUCUGAAUAAAACUUUAAACAAUUGGGCAAUAAAAAUGGUGUGACUUGUAUUGAUUUUUCAGAGGUGAAAUUAUACAAAGGCUGAACUUGGAAACAGGGACUUCACAUUAACCUCAGUCAGAUCAUCUUCAAUAAAAUGGAGCUACUCAUGCACUUGGAUCAUUUUGAGAGAAAUGCAAUUACAACUCAGACUCACAAUUUGAAAGUAAAUUUACUACCUAAUUAAAACAUGUAGCCCAAUAACAUACUUUUUUAAAAUGCAAAUACUUACUACCAUCUGUGUAACAUGCCCUGUUACUUUUCAGUAUCAAGUAUUUUUAAAUUUUAUUUCCUGCUUAAGGUAACAUUAUAGGAUAGUGUUCUGUGUUUUUAAAAAUACAUACAGGUAGUACAUACAGUAGUUCAUUUUUUGUUGAAAUAUUUUCCCACCACUGUGCAACUCCUGAUGACUAACAAAGGAGGCUGUUUAACUCGGCAUAACACAUGCUACAGAGAUAGAAUUUUAUUGAGACCCCACAUCAGUUUUAACUCCUUGUUGCAUGUGACUAAAAGAUCAUGCUAAAUUUCAAGGUUAUACACAAAUAAUUAUCUUUGCUAAAUACAUCUUGGCAUGCAUCUAUCAUUUUUUCUUUAGGACAUAUUCCUUGAGUAUUGAAAUAAAGCAUCAAAGGAUAUGCCUAGGCUUUUUGUGUAAUACUACCAAAUUACCAAAAAGUUUCUAGCAAUUUACACCUUCACCAACAGGGAAUGAAAUUCUCCCUCUCUGUACCCUAAAUGAUAAUGAUAAGGAAAUUUGAGAGAGAAAACAUUCUUGUUUUCUUUUGCAUAAUCUGGUUCCAUUCAUCUCUCAAGAGCAGAGUGGUCUAGAGAUGAUGGGGAUGGCUUGGAGGUUAACAGCAGACAUUAAGAGAAAUGAACUGAUUCAGAAUUGAUUUAGGAGGAAAACAGGGUAUCUCUUUAGGCUAUAUUAUAACAGAGAGGAGGAAUUAACAUAUUCCUGGAACAAAACUGGAAAGGAACAUUUUCCAGUUGCCAACUGUUUCUUCACUGGGGGAGAAAAGAAUGAAGUCGUCCAAUUAGCAGUUGCACACUACAUACCUGAGCCCUUAUUACUGCUCCAGUGUCAUUGCAACAGCAGGUGCAACUGAGGCUGUUUGCUAUAUACUCGGUCUCCAGCCUCUACCUGGACUCUAUAUGGUCUAGUCUGGGAAAGUAAACGGAGCUAUGAUUGGGACGAGUUUCCUAGCAUCCUUUAGGUUUCUAAGAAAAGCACUAAUCUCCACCAUCCCCCAGGUGCAGCACUGGUUUUGAUCUGCUGCCUCCUACUAGCUUCUCAGCUGUCUGUUCUCCCCCUGCAGGGGAUAACCAAAGAUGCCCCAGGAACUCAGAGGCCUUUGAGCAUUAAAGUUACUCUGUCAUUGUCCCCUUUGCUGCGAGUCGAGACAGUGGAGUGUUAACCAGUCAAUUCCACCGUUCUUAUACGCAACACUGAAUCUGUGCAUUGACAAAAGUUCCCUUCCACUGGGACACUUGCCCAGGGCAGCACUGGUAAAAUCAAUAAUGAGGCCACCCUCUUGUGCUGGUGACUGGACCUCACAUCCCACUCAGGAUGUAUCUUCCUGCCAGUUGAACAGUGAGUGAGUCAGUCUCCAACCUCACUGUCCUGUCGAUUCUCUCAGACCGUGCUCACAGCAGCAUGUCAGUCACGCCCUCCAGGAGAUAUACACUGAGACAGCUGAAGGAGCAAAGACCACCAGACACCUAGCUACAGGUGAAUGAGUUGCGUUUAUUAUUUGUUGGAACAGAGGAAGAAUGUCCAUCAUGAAGAAUCCUGGGGCUUUUCAGAGUGUUUUAGAAAGAUCCUAUUUUAAGAUUUUGGCAUUGGAUACUUUCAAGGAGGUUCUAAAAGAGCAGGGCUUCACUCCAAACUGGAUGCUGUCAGAAAGGAGAGGAAACUCUACAGCUGGAUCUUAUCUUACUCCAGUAGUCAUAUACAGAUGUGAGAGCUGGACCAUAAAGAAGGCUGAGUGCCAAAGAAUUGAUGCUUUCAAAUUUUGGUGCUGGAGAAGACUUUUGAGAGUCCCCUUGACAGUAAAGAGAUCAAACCAAUCAACCCUAAAGGAAAUCAACCCUGAAUAUUCAUUGGAAAGACUGACGCUGAAGUUGGAACUCCCAAUACUUUGGCCCACGUGAUGUGAAGACCUGACUCAUUGGAAAAGACCCUGAUGCUGGGAAAGAUUGAAGUCGG